AUGUAUACACUGCAAGAAAAGCAUAUUCUCAUUCCCAGUGAAGAUGGGAAUGAUGUUUGGGUAUUUGACAUUGACGAGACUCUGCUUUCGAAUCUUCCAUACUAUUCUGAGCAUGGUUAUGGGUUAGAGAUUUUUGACAGCAUGGAGUUUGAUAAGUGGGUUGGGAAGGCUAUGGCACCUCCAAUUGAGUCAAGUUUGAAGCUUUAUGAAGAGGUUUUGAAGUUGGGAUUCAAGGUUUUCUUGCUAACAGGGCGAAGCGAAAUUCAAAGAGGUGUUACAGUUGAGAAUUUGAUCAAUGCAGGUUUUCAGGAUUGGGACAAGCUCAUAUUGAGAGCCUCUGAGGACCAUGGGAAGCUAGCCACAAUGUACAAGUCAGAGAAGAGAAAUGAGAUGGUGGAAGAGGGAUAUCGGAUUUUGGGCAACUCCGGGGACCAAUGGAGCGAUCUGUUGGGUUCUUCAACAUCCAUCCGUUCAUUCAAGCUCCCAAAUCCCAUGUAUUAUAUUCCCUAAUUGUACAGGUUAAUUGAAACUCAAAUAAGUUGUUAAUACAUUUUCGAGGGAGCUUAGUCUUGUUCAUUGGAUAAUUGAAUAAUUUAUUAUGCUAUAUUUGAUUGAAGCUUAUAAUCAAUAUAUCAUUGCUUGUAA